CCCUCUCUCUCUACCCCUCUCUCUCUGCUUUCUCUCCUUUCUCUGUCUCUCUCUACCCCCUUUUCUCUCUUCAUCUUUUCAUCUCUUUGCUCUCUCCUUUUUUGUGUUUAUUUUCUUUCUACUCUCUUCUAUAUUCAUCUCUCUCUCUCUCCUCCUUAUCUAUCCCUCUCCUUCAUCUCUCUCUCGCUCUCUCUCUCUCUCUCUCUCAGACGCAGUGAGCGCGCCCUCGGUGUGAGCCACCAGCUCGAUCUUUGCAGCGCGCUCGAGAGCGAACCUGAGCGCGGGAUUCCACACAGACACACACACACAUACACGCACGUGCACACGCGCACACACACGGAUAUAGCGAUGCGCGAGGAUCUGCCGAGCUGCGCCGGUCGCGCGCUCCGUCUCUGCCGCCGUCUGCUCGGAGUGUGCGCGUGCUAACCGUGCUAACUUUCUGUCUUGUGGAUUCUGAUCAGAAGAAGCGCGCGGAGGAGGAGCUCGUGCACGAGCGCGUUAUCAAUACAUAUAUCUUUAUAUUUUUCUCUUUUUUCUUGCUGGGACGCUUCUCUCGGGACGCGCGCGCCAACACUACACCACCAACACUACACCACAUACCACACACACACACACGAGCGAGCGCGCGGAUGAGCGAAUAAACCUGGCUGCUCUCGAGUCCGGAGCUCACGGGGCUCGCGCUCGCGCUGGAGCUUGGAGUGCGGGCACGCGCGAGCUGUGAGCGGGAUGGAGCACCGGUCAGCAGCGCUGGACAUCGAGGCGCUGAAGAUGACCCAGGAGCAGUAUAUUUUAGCGUCUCAGCCCGGCAGUCUGCAGCGUCCCGGCUGCCCCGCCCCGUAUCCAGUAGGUAUUUAUGGCUGGAGGAAGCGCUGCCUCUACUUCUUCAUCCUCCUCCUCCUCGUCACCAUGAUCGUCAACCUGGCCCUCACCAUCUGGAUCCUCAAGGUCAUGAACUUCACCGUGGAUGGGAUGGGUAAUCUUCGAGUGACCAAAGAAGGAGUGAGAUUAGAAGGCGUCUCAGAGUUUCUUCUUCCUCUCUAUGUGAAGGAGAUUAAAUCCAGACGGGAGAGUCCACUGAUCCUCCAGUCAGACCGAAAUGUAACAGUGAACGCCCGCAAUGAUCUUGGACAGCUGACCGGCCAGCUAACUGUGGGCUCAGAGCUGGUGGAGGCUCAGUGUCAGAGGUUUGAGGUACGGAGUGCUGAUGGAGAGAGGGUUCUGUUCUCUGCUGAUGAGAACGAAGUCAGCAUCGGCACGGAGAAGCUGAGGGUGACAGGUGAUGAGGGGGUGGUUUUUGGUCACUCGGUCGAGACGCCACACAUUCGGGCUGAACCGUUCCAGGACCUGAAGUUGGAGUCUCCGACACGGACGCUGACGUUGGAGGCCCCUAAAGGCGUGGAGGUGAAUGCGGGAGUGGGGGAGUUCCGAGCAUCCUGCAGAAAAGACCUCACUCUGGAGUCUUCGGAAGGAGAGAUUUUCUUAAAUGCGAACUCUAUCCGGCUGGGGAAUCUCCCUCACGGCAGUGUGGACCCUCUGCUCGGCCCUGGCACCAGCUACCCUAAACAGACUGUGUACGAGGUGUGUGUGUGUCCGAGCGGCAAGCUCUACCUUUCCCCGGCCGAGAGCGCCUCCACCUGCCAGACCACCAACAGCGUGUGUUUGUGGAGCUGAGAAAGGCGGGUGGGCCGAGCUCCACCCGACACCAGAAAGGCCUUCCUCCUCCUUUCCUUCCUCUCUUCCUCCUUUCCUUCCUCUUCCUCCUCUUCCUUGCGUUUCUUCUACAGCCCUGUUCAUCCUUCUGUCCAUCUGUGAGAGCGCUCUGCUUUCCCAAAGCAUCGCAAAAAAAUAGACUAGCUGAUUGAAAUGCAUUCUUUUAUAGUUAUGGUUGCCAGGUUGGAGUAGCAGAACCCUCGAAAAUGGGGAGCACUGGGUCAGUUUGCAAAAUUAUUAUUCAUUUUUCUUUGGACUAAUGCUAGUAUUUUUAGAACUUCAAACUACACAGAACUUAUAAUUUCCCAGGCUAAUCACUUAAUAUUUACUUUUUUCUAUUUCCUGUUGUGCAUCCAUCCACCCUGUUAUGACAUAGAGGGAAGGACGACAGGUUGUACAAGUUUAGAGAAGUUAAUAUUUGAAGCUUCUCCUCUGUUCUGCUCUUCCUGAUUGGAUAGCACAGGCAUCUAAUAGAUGAUGUAUCAGAGCUGAGGAUCUGGCGCUUUCCUCUAUGCAUCAUCAUUGUCAAUUGUUCAAUUGUAUUAUGGAAGGAGGCAUGUUCUAGCCCUGAGCAUUUUUCCUUUGGUUAAUCAGGUAUAUAUUAUAUGUGGAUGACUGACUGUUAAGUGUUGUAGGCUGUAAGAACAAGUUGCCAUUGUUUCAGAAUUACAAUACACUGUAAUUCUGUGCUAAAUUGGGGGUAGUUUUAUAUGAAAUUGUAUGGAAUCCAGCCACUAGAGGGUGUGAACGAUUAUUUGGCUUCACUUUCCAACUACAACUCUUCCAAAAAAAUUUUUAAAAAUCUACAAGGCAAACUUUCCUAUUUAUACCGUUAGAAUUAAAGUUGUAAAAAUGAUGUAAAACAAGUCUAAAAGUCCAUUGGAGAUCAAAGAUAUACAAUUUAACAAACUGAGACAAUUUUACAGGGAAAUUUUAACAAUAAAUUACUGUUUCAAUCAUUCCUGAGGCAGUCAUCCACAUAUAUGUACCUAUAUAAAUAUAUAAAUAUAGGUACAUAUAUUAUGUGUCAAUGACUGCCUGACUAUAUUGUUGUAGGCUAUAAGAGCAAGCACACACUUUCCUUUAUUUAUAUCUAUUCAAAUUGAAGUUUUCAAAAAAAAAAAAAAAUAGAAAAUGUUCAAUUGUGUAUACCAGCAAAAUUAGGAUUGUGAUGCUUUGGGCUAACUGAGCUUCAUCUGUUUUGUGUUUUUCAUUUUAUCUGUCAGUCAUAUAUCCAUCUAUCUGUCCAGUAUUAAACAUUAGU